UGCCUUUCUACAUGGUUAAAUGAAACCAAAAAAAGUCUAUGUUUGGUGAAAUACUAAGAUAAGUAGUAUCUAGUAGGUAACCAACUCAAGAUAGGUAGGUAGGUACCUACGUAUGUACCUACAAGAAAAGCAAAAGAAAGAAACUCAUUGAUUUUAUCGCUCACUUUGUCAGUAUUUGUGAAUUUUGAUAAUUACAUAUUGACGAACGGACGCUGUACAGUAAUUCAGUACUCUGUCUGAGGAGUAUCUCGUUACAAACUAUUUGCGGCGGCUACGAGGGGCAAACUACAUGUAAAUAUUAAUGUGUUCACAAUGGGUGCUAUAGUGUCUACGGUUCCGGGAAUAACAAAAAAGUUAUCAGAAAAUACUCAAGGACAGACAAAUGCACAAACAAAUGUGAAGAAUAUACCAAGUAUAUUCGUAAACAGUAAUUUAUUAAAGUCUGAUACUGCAUGGAAAAAGAAAGUCAAAAAAGAUGCGAAAGUUUAUGAGAUUGAUGGUAAAACAUACACAGAGAAUGUGCAAUAUAUCACAGAAGAUUUCGGGAAGUUUAAAUUGUAUGCUGAGAGGAUAAACAUAAAAGAUGAUAAAGAACUUGAAGAUUCAUCACCCAAAACGUUUGAUAUGGAUGUGCAAUUAUUUGGAGCUGGAUAUUUGGUUAACUCUAGUAUUUGUCUAAGCGUUAUCAAUUUCAAUACGCUAAUUACGGUCUUAGAUGAUGUGUACAAUUGUUUUGUGUGCGAUGUAAUGGUUUUUGUUGGUAAUAUUGACAAACACUUAGCCAACACAGAUCAUGAAAAUAAUAUGGAGGCGUUUCCUCCAUUAGAAGAGUUCGGCAUUAGUAUUGCAAGACUGAAAAAUGAACACUACCACUGCGCCGUCUGUAAUGUGGCAAUCCACAAAAAUGUAUCUGAACAACAUUUUAAGGGAAAACAACAUGAAGACAACUUGCUACUGGCCGCACAUAAAGUUAACGAUACAAUUAAAUAUAAAAACAAUGAUAGAGUUCUCAAAAUAAGUGAACAUAAGAAUAAAAAGGGAGAAAGCAAUAAAAAGAUAGAUAUCAUAAUGGAUUGCAAGGUGAAGGUUAAAGUGGGAAGUGUUGUCUUUGAAAUACCAUAUUACACUUGGAAUAUGGUUUCUAUAAUUAAAUCAACAAAAAAUAAAAGAUUUUAUUGUAUGGCGUGCAAAAUAGAUGAUGCCAUUGUUAAUAUGGCGAAUCAUAUUGAUGGCCACACGCAUAAUGACAACUGUGAAAAGUUCAAAAUCAAUCAUGAAUAUGAAGAUCAUUUAAUUAGACAGGAUGAAAAUUUUUCGCAUUGUGGUACAUGCAACACAAUUCAUUAUUUGAACACUAUAAAUGUCCAUAUAAAAUCUGUACACAAAAUAAGAGCUGGUGAAGAAUCGAUAAACGUGUCACAAAUCGAAUCGGAAAUUAGAAUCGAUAAUAAUAGAACUAAUGCAAAUUCAAUUGAUGUAAACAGAAACAAUGAUGUAAAUGCAAUUAUGAAUCAAAAGUGUGUUGUGUAUUUAUUCGGUAUUAGAAUGUCUGUUCUGUUGUUGUCUUUGAACGCAAUAUUUCGUAACGAUGCGGGAUUUUACUGCGCGUUGUGUAAAAUAUGUUUUCACUGGCAAUACAUUAAUGAACAUAUACAAAAUACAAUGCAUAUAGUUUUUUUGAACUCUGUGCCGGCGUUACAACAGUUCGGUUAUAAUUAUAUAAGAUCAAUUCAGAGUUUGCCACACUGUGGGAUUUGCCAUUUAGUUAUACAACCUAACGUGUUGUUGCUACAUUUACAAGACCCAGCCCACAUAAUGUUGACCAAUAUGGCUCUAGGAUUCCAUGUUCGUCCACAACCUGUAACCAUUGCAAAAAUAGCUCCGAACGUUAAAAACGACGCUCAGAAUGUAAAUAGUGAUGCUGAAAACGCAAACAACGACAGUGAUAAUGUUGAUUUACAAUUUUCGAAUAACGAAACACAGAAUUCAAAUGAUUCCAAAUUCGAAGUUGGUGACGGCGCACAAAGUCAUGACGUUGACGUUGACAUUAAUGAAGAUACAAAUGAUUAUUUUGACAGUGAUAAAUAUGCUGAUAUUCUUGAAGUUCAAAUAGCUCUGAAGAUAGUAAAUUCGCAAAUAACUUUGACAUCUUACAAUACCUUGGUGCCUGUAGGCGACGUUGGUAGACACUGCUUCGCGUGUGGACAAUUUGUGAAGGUUGAGAGAUUAAAAAAGCAUAUUAAUAAUGAGAACCAUGUGAAAAUGAUCAAGGAUAUGAAAUAUGUUGAGGAAUACGGGAAUAACUUGAUAAGACAGAAAUCGGUUUUAUACCACUGCUCUUUGUGUAAUGUGAUAUUGAGGCGAGGCGAGUUGAAAGAACACUUAAAAUGGCCCAUUCACGAGCAACAAAAGAAAAAUAUGACCUAUUUAAAAAAAUCACAGACAAAUAAAUUAACGAAAAAAGUUUACGCAAAGCAAAAAGAGGCGAUAUACUGCGACGAAGAGCCGGAACUCAAAAUCAUAUCCUCAAUUAAUGUCGUGGGCAUUAAUAAAAAACGAAAUACAGACAAAAAACAAAUUAUAGUAAUUAACAGUUAUAAUUUGAAAUUACCUUUGAAAUGGGAUGCAUGGCAUUCCAUAGCUUUGAUAAAGAAUUCAUAUAAAUGUAUAAUAUGUCAGGAACAUUUAAAUGAGAAACUGAACGAAAUAUAUGAACAUGUUGAUUCUGAUGAUCAUAAUUCGAAGCUAUCAAUGCCAUUUAUGAAGGAAUAUUACCCUGCGCUAAUUAGAGAAGUGAGUGAUAAAGUGUACAAUUGUGUAAUAUGCAAUUUGGAAUUGAAUUCGACUGAGCAUAUACUGGAACACGUCAAUGGUAUAAAAUGUACGUCGCCAAUAAAAAGGCCGACCCAACAUAGCAUGUUCGACCGAUUAGAUUAUAUCAAGAAAAGGCUGGAAGCAGACAUACAAAAAAACCAAUACAACGUUCUAAACAUUGUGAACGAUUUACGAUCUCAACAAAUAUUCCGCAAUGGCCCAAUCACACCCGUCACACGUCACAAGAAAAAAAAACGGACGACAGUAACUACACAACACACGAAAGAGUUGCAAAACAUAACCAAUAAUAGAGCUACUGUCAGUAAAAAACCAUUAAGAAUGAAAAAGAAAUUGUCUUUAUUUGAGAAAUGGGAGAAACAUGUGAAAAAAUACGAAAACAGCGACGAGGGUUUUUAUAGAAGGGGUUUUAUGAAGGGAUUAACUUCGGAAGAGAUUAAGAAGAGACAUGCAAUAUUUUGUAUCGACCUAUUGCGGCCUGUGCUAAACGGUUUAAAAAAAAACGCAACCGUUACCAAGAUAUCAGGUGAACUAACUGCUAACCGAUUAAUUGAAUUAUUAUCAUAUACUAAUGGAAACGCCGAAACGCAGGAUGAGGUAGAGUCUCUGUUGUACCAGAUCAAUAGUUUGCAGCUUCGAUUCUUCCAAUGGGAAGUUGGGUCAAUAAAAAGAAUAUUCAAUUUCAUUAUGCCAGGUCAAAGGCAUACGUUUAAAUCAAUGAAGUAUGGUGUGAAAAGACUUUUUGACAUGUGGCAUAUGGACCUGUCGGAUACAAAUCGACUGAUAAAAGAAUCGAGAAUGUUUCGACCACCUUGCAUAGGAACAACACAAGGCUCGACAAGGACUUCGAAGAACACAAUGUACACCAAACCAGCCACACCGAAGACCACCUGUUCUCCAAAGGACAAGAAAUGCCUAGUGACCGCGAGUUCUUUCGAAGAUUAAAAAAUUUAAAAAUUUUUAGAAGACAACAUAAAUUGAGGAAAAUACGUCAUUUUUAGGAGUCCGUAGUUCUAUAUAUAAGGAAUCCUUAUUCACCAUGUCCGUCUGUCCGACCGUCUAGCGCGGUCUAGCUCAAAAACUAUUAUAUAAAGUACUAGAAUAAUGUUAUUUGAUAUGGACACACAACUCACGCCGACAAAAUGUUCAAAUAAAAUCUUGAAAAAAAAUUAAAAAAAAAAAGAAAUUUUUAAGGUACCUCCUCUACACGUGAAGUGGGAAUAUAUAUUUUUUUUUUCAUUAUUUCUUUGGUUUCGUUGUAUAUUAAGUAAUAAUGUUUCUUUCAUGAAUAUUUGAGGUGUGGGAACCGUUUCUGGAUUUAGUUUUAACCGCUUGGAUUACAUUUAGUAAAAUAUCAGUUUUAGAAUCAAUUGUCCCCCCCCCCUCUACAAACGAAACAGUUGUUACGUCUUUUCGACCAACCGGGAUCCUUAUCUUAUGUCCUCUGCCACGUCUCUGUCUUCGCGAUAAACUCAAAAACUACUGCACGGAUUUUCAUGCGGUUUUCACCAAUAGAAAGUGUGAUUCGUGAGGAAGGUUUAGGGGUAUAAUUUAUUGUGUUUUUACCCGAGCGAAGCCGGGACGAGCCUCAAGUUCUACUAUAAAACUUUGAGCGGUUAUUUAAUAAUGAAACAUGUUUCAAUUGUGUUCGAAUGUGUUUCAUUCAUUAGACUCACCACGUUAUAUAAAAUAUAAUUUUACACGCUUUUGCCCGCAACGUCGCCCGCGUGAAUUACUCUUCAAAAAAAGAGCCAUGAAAUUACGAAUUUUCAUAUAAACUUCCACCGCCAAUUCUUACCAAGGGUUUGAAACCCUAUUAUUAAUUAUUAACAUUAAAUAAAGUUUAUAUUUAAAAUUUGUGUUUCAUUUUAGAAAUUA